UCGGUGCCUCUUGCACUACAAGACGCCGCACACGCAUACACACUCAGACGCUGAAAUCCACUCAGAGGCAGAAGGGGAUAAAAGUCAAUAUUUGAUCAGUAACCAGCAGUACAUACAGGCAAGAAAGAAAGAAAGAAAGAAAGAAAAGAAAGAAGGAUAGAAAGAAAGAAGAAAAAACAAGGAUUCUGUUUUCCCUUUUGUUUAACGUUGCUGUGCAGAAAAAAAUCUCAGGGACGACUAGGUAAAGAAAGUUUGUUUGAAACAGGUGGAGACUGGAUACGCCGCCCUUGAGUUGUCAGAAGUUUCAGAGGAAGAGAUAAGGGAUUUACUUCUUUUCCCUGGUUUUUUUUUUGGACUUUGGGAUCAGGAUUGGGAGCCUGAGCAUUAAGAGGAGGGAGAUGGGGAGUUGGGCUGUACAUCUCUCUGUGUGGGUGCUGUUUCUCACACUCUACUGGACCACAACCCAUGCUGUCAACCACUGUCUAGCUGUUCAAGACUCCAGCUGCUCCAUGUGCAUCCGGGCUGGGGAAGGCUGCGCCUACUGUUCUGAUGAGGCCUAUAAUGGUCCACGCUGUGACCUUAAGGAAAACCUGGACAAGAAGGACUGCCAGACAUAUGUGACUGUUCAAAGUGAGAUGGAAAUGAUGCAGAAUAAACGAAUUGACACCAAUCUGAAGCGGGCACAAGUGGCCCCUCAGCUCCUGAAGAUGCGCCUGCUUCCAGGACAGGAGGAGGAAGUGGAGAUGGAAGUCUUUGAGCCUGCCAGGGGUCCCCUUGACCUUUAUAUCCUCAUGGACUUCUCCAACUCCAUGUCCGACGAUUUGGACAACCUGAAGCGGAUGGGGACUCAGCUGGCUAACCUGGUGGGGAAACUGUCAGAUGAUUAUACCAUUGGCUUCGGGAAGUUUGUGGACAAGGUCACUGAGCCACAGACCGACAUGAGGCCUUCCAAACUGGAACAGCCUUGGCCACAUAGCGAUCCCCCCUUCUCCUUCAAGAAUGUGAUUCCGCUCACCAGCAACAUCACAUUCUUCCUUGACAAGCUGCAGGGUGAGCGUAUCUCUGGCAACUUGGAUGCCCCAGAAGGAGGAUUUGAUGCCAUAUUACAGACUGCUGUGUGCCAGGAAAAUAUUGGCUGGCGACCGGACAGCACGCACCUGCUGGUCUUCUCAACAGAGUCCGCGUUCCACUAUGAGGCGGACGGCGUGAACGUGCUGGCCGGCAUCCUGCCGCGGAAUGACGAAGCCUGUCACCUGACGCCUGACGGCAACUACACGCACGACACAGUGCAGGAUUACCCGUCUGUGCCUACUCUUGUGCGGCUCCUGGGCAAGCACAACAUCAUCCCCAUCUUCGCCAUCACCAGCCACUCCUUCUCCUACUAUGAGAAGUUGUAUCAAUAUUUUCCCAUUGCUGAACUGGGACUAUUGCAAGAAGACUCCUCCAACAUCCUGUCUAUCCUGGAAAGUGCGUUUGAGAAUAUCCGUUCAAAGAUCAGCAUACGUUCUGAGGACAGACCCAAGGCUGUGGAUGCACAGGUCCUGUCUGCUACUGGCAGCUCAACUGAAUUUAACACCUUUAAGAUUACACCAGGAAACAUAGGCACAUUCAAGGUGAAGGUGAAAGCUCUUGAGAAAGUCGGUGGCCAGCACGUCUGUGAGCUGCCUGACGCAGAGAAAGAGGGAACGAUGAGGGUCAAACCGACCACCUUCAGCACCGCCUUCAAAAUUGACGCUGGGGUUCUCUGCAAGUCCUGUGACUGCGAGAAGACACCUGUAAAGAAUGCAGUGAGUUGCCACGCCAAUGGGGAUCUGGUCUGUGGGAGGUGCCAGUGCUAUGAUGGCUGGCUGGGGAGUUUCUGUAACUGCUCUUCGGGCGCCAUUGCAGACAACAAGGCCUGCAUUGAACCUGGCAGGAAUGAGUCCUGCUCCGGCCGCGGAGUCUGUCUGUGCGGAUCCUGCGUGUGCAGCAACCCCAAGUACGAGGGCCCCUUCUGCCAGUACGACAAGACACAGUGCCAGCGCUUCGGGGGAUUUCUCUGCAACGAUCGAGGCACCUGCUACCACGGUCAGUGUGCCUGCGAGAGCGGGUGGGACGGGCCGGCUUGUGAGUGUCCCAAAAGCAACCAGACCUGCAUGGACACCAAGGGGGGAAUCUGUAACGGGCGUGGCAUAUGCAACUGUGGACGAUGUGAUUGUCCCGGCUCUUCCCUACACCUGAGCGACACCUGUGAAGUCAGUGCCCUGGCUCAACUGGGGAUGUGUGAAGGCACACGGAGCUGUGCCCAGUGUAAGGCCUGGAAAACUGGAGACUUGAAGGGAGAGAAGUGUGGGGGCUGCCCCUUCAAUAUCACCAUGGUGGAUGAGCUGCAGAAGAAGGAGGAUGUGAUUGACACCUGCACUUUCCGAGAUGAGGAAGAUGACUGCACCUACCACUACACUGUGGACUAUGCGGCCAAGCCCAAUGGACCUAAUGAAGUCCAAAUGCUUGAGAAGAAGGAUUGCCCCCCAGCAGGCUUCCUGUGGCUCAUCCCCCUCAUUAUGUUCCUCAUGCUGCUGCUGGGGCUGCUGCUGCUGUGCUGCUGGAAGUACUGCCCAUGCUGCAAGGGCUGUCUGGCACUGCUGCCCUGCUGUGGUCGAGGUCGCAUGGUGGGCUUCAAGGAGGAUAAGUACAUGCUGCGUCACUCCGCCCUGACCUCCAAUGACCUGGACACGCCCCUGGUGCGUACCGGCCCUCUGAAGGACACUGACGUGGUGCGCUGGAAGAUCACCGACAACGUUCACCGUUCACAGAACCACCCGCUGGCCCAGAUCCCACCCAACCCCAAGGAGAUCAUCCCACACCCUGUCUCUCUGCGGCUGACCCGCCCAUUCACCGAUAACCUGCUCCACUCUGAGGCCAUUGAUACUGACAUACUCCGCAGGGAGGUGGACGAAAGUCUUAAUAACAUCUACAAGCAGAUCCCUGGUGCUCAGAAGGUUCAAAGGACCAAAUUCAGGAACCAGACCAAUGCUGGAAAAAGGGAGAACAACACCAUUGUGGACACAGUCCUUUCAGCUCCCCGCUCUGCCUACCCUGACAUCGUCAAACUGACUGAGAAGCAGGUCCAGGCUGCUAACUUCGGGGACCUGAAAGUUGUUCCUGGCUACUACACUGUGGCCACAGACAGAGAAGCGGCCGGUGCAGUGGAGAUGCAGGAAGGUGUCGAGAUGGUGGAUGUACGUGUGCCCCUCUUCGCCAAGGAUGAAGAUGACGAUGAGAAAAAGCUGAGGGUAGAGGCUGUGGAUGUCCCCAUUGGCAUCGCUGAGAUCGGCCGCCGCUAUGUCGACAUCACUAUAAUCAAGGACAAAGCAAAGAGUAUCCUGACCUUCCUGAAGCCAUCCUACACCUAUAGCCGAAAGGAGGGUGUGGCCAACAUCCCCAUCAAGCGUGAGAUCAUCGAGGAUGGGCGCACACAGGUCACCUAUCGUACCCGUGACCUCACUGCCAGAGAUAAUAAGGACUAUAUUGGAGUGGAAGGAGACCUGACCUAUCAGCCAGGGGAGCUCCAGAAGGUUGUGCCUGUGAAGCUUCUGGAACUGGGCGAGGAUGACUCCCUCCUGGAUGAAAAGGUCAAGCAGUUUGUCAUGGACCUGAGCAACGCGCGACAGGGUGCCAAGCUAGGCCAAUACCCCCGCACCACAGUCACCAUCACUGACCUGCCAGAGCCCAGUGAGGUGAUGUUCAAGAAGGACAAGCAGAACUACACAACAUUAGACCCCAGCUACUCCAUCCCAGUGGUGCGGGCGCGCAACCUGGAGAGCCCGGCCAAGGUUCAUUGGCGUACCCGCAAGCCCCCCGGCUUUGAUUUGUCGGGCGUUCUCAAUUUCCCUCCUGGCGAGACGGAGAAGAAUGUGGUAAUUAACUCACAGGAGUGUCCCAACACUGUUAAGCCCGGAAACUUCAAAGUGGAGCUGUUUGACCCAAGCCCCAACGUUGUGAUAGGGGAGAAGAAGACCAGCGUCAUCCAUGUCGCCGACCGUGGGGACAACCCCAUGAUGACCAUGGAGAAUGUCAGCCAGGUUGCCACAUCACCUGGGGGACGACUUUUGGCCCCACGCAACAUCAAAGCCACGGCCACUGGACCCAAAAAUAUCCGUCUCAACUGGCUUCCAGUUGACAACGCUCAUGGCUACAAAGUAAAAUACUGGAUCCAAGGAGACCCAGAGUCUAAGGCCAAAGUGAUUGAUUGCAAGACGUCACAGGCAGAGCUGACCGACCUCUACCCAUUUUGUGACUAUGAAAUGCGCGUAUGUGCCCACAAUAGACUGGGAAAUGGCAACUACAGUGAUGUCAUUCACUGUCAGACUCAGGAGGACGUUCCCAGUGAACCAGGGCGUCUGGCUUUCAAUGUCAUCAGCCCAACUGUCACUCAACUGAGCUGGGCCGAGCCAGCUGCCACCAAUGGUGACAUCACUGCCUAUGAAGUCACAUACACACCCAUUGAUCAGGCAAGCAAUCCCACAGGUCAGACAAAGAAAGUGAAGAUUGACAACCCCAGGAAACGCAUGCUGUUGAUUGAGAAUCUGCAGCCCUCGCAGACAUACAUCUAUAAUGUCCGUGCUUGCAACAGCAUUGGCUGGGGGCCAUUCAGAGAUGCCACCAUUAACCUGGCAACACAGCCUAACAGGCCCAUGUCCAUUCCCAUCAUUCCCGACGUCCCCAUCGUGGAUGCGGGUGACGAAUAUGAGAACUACCUGAUGUACAGCAACGAGGUCUUGCGUUCCCCAACUGGCAGCAAGAGGCCCAGUGUGGCUGAUGAAGGCUUGCGCUGGAAAUAUGUUCAGCUGGUUGGUGAGGACCUGGACCUUCGCAAGGUUUCCUGGAAGCUGCCUGCUGAUGUCAUCCUCCACCGACUCAGCACUGACACAGAGGCCAGCGAUGAGCCACCUCACCCUCCCCGUGCCCAGACCCCGCUGCAAGAUCAGUUCAUGAAUGGGAAAUUGGAUCAGAGUUUCUUGUUCCCUGGAAGCUCAAGUUCAAUGACGCAUAACAUCUCAUCCUCAAGCCACACCCAGGUUGCCCCCAGCUAUCACGGGUCAGGGGGCAGCAUGAACAUAAACACCACCACCACCUACUUAUCUGGACAAGGGAAUACUUUCUCGAGCAGACAGGGAGUGACGAAAACCGGGGCGCUGCGCACAGAGGAAGUGGUCCUGAGGAAACGCUCGGAGAGGGGUUACUAUGACAACGAUGGCGUGCGGGACUCCAUUGUGAUGGCAGACAUGCCUGCAGACUUCACAGACAGUCUAGGUGUGUCUGGCUACAGCAAGAUGCUGGUGAACUACAGCGUGGGUCAGAGUGGCAGGGCGCGCACGCAGUCAGAAGACGUCCACGACGCACUGCAGAACCUGGAUAGUGUGCUCCAGGACCCCAGGCUGACCCCAGGAGUCCCAGACACACCCACUCGGCUGGUGUUUUCAGCCCUGGGGCCUACUGCCCUGAAAGUGAGCUGGCAGGAGCCUCAUUGCGAAAGAGACGUCCUGGGCUACUGUGUGCUUUACCAGCUGCUCAGUGGAGGUGAGGUGAAGCGUAUUGAGGUGCCCAGCACAGCAGGGAACACGGUGGUGGUAAAGGACCUCCUGCCCAAUCACUCCUACAUCUUUAAGGUCAAAGCACAGAGCCAGGAAGGCUGGGGCCCCGAAAGAGAGGGCGUGAUCACAAUCGAAUCUGCUGUGGAUCCCAAGAGUCCCCUCAGCCCUGUGCCAGGAUCCCCGUUCACCCUCAGCACCCCCAGUGCCCCUGGGCCGCUGGUGUUCACUGCCCUCAGCCCUGAGGCCCUGCAGCUGAGCUGGGACAAACCUCGCAAGCCCAACGGGGACAUCAUGGGCUACAUGGUCACCUGUGAACAACUGCACGGUGGAGGUGAUGUUCGCUCCUUCCAGGUGAGCGGGGACAACGCAGAGACCAGUCUGACCGUGGCUGACCUGACUGAGAAUGUGCCCUAUAAGUUUAAGGUCCAGGCAAGAACCACACAGGGCUUUGGUCCUGAGAGAGAGGGCAUUAUCACCAUCGAGUCCCAGGAUGGAGGUAACUUGUCCCAGUUCAGCAGCCAGGCAAUGACAAGGAAAGAUGUGUACCACCUCCCAGGAGAGAUCAGUACUCGUACCAAUGUCACUCACACCACAUUCGACGACCCCUUUUUAGCAGAGGGGCUGAUGGUGUCCUCGCAACACACUGAGACCAGGGGUACAGUGACCCGACACGUCACCAAAGAGGUGGUGAGCAGGGGCGUUGUGUCAGGAACCAGCAUGUCCAAAAUGGUGGAGAAGUUCUACGAGGCCUGAGGACCCGGAGCCCCUCAGAGUGAAGGGCAAACCAUUGGCCACUGCAGCAGAUCAUUACCAGCCGAGGAUGGGGGGAAACGCACACCCCUCUCAGUCCUCUCUGUCUGUUACACUAAGAGGAAACUUUGGCAUUGGCCCCGGCUGUGGGAUUUCUCUUCAUGUCUUGCAAUUACUUAUUUCUGUCUUCUCUAAUGGGUGUGUGAGGGAAACAUUCGCAUGAGUUAUAUUACUCUCAAAAAGAGCUCCCUUCAAGGUUAAUGUUUGACCCUGGAUUUUGUAAUGGGCUGUUACUCAGUCUCCCAGAGGCACUGGAUUACCCUGUCCAGGUUAUGAGACGGGUCACUCCGACACCGCCCUUUGUGAGAUUGGCUGUGUGAAGGAGCCAUGGCGUAUCAGGCAGAUACGGAAAGUGAGCUGCUUAAGCUGGGGGAGUUCCAAAAACACAACUGUGGAGAGUUAUUGCCUCCCAACAUCACAGUGAUUCAUGUUUUAAUCUCACUGCAGUAUCUGCUCAGUGAUCCUGUAAGGAUAGUUAUAAAAACGUAUCCUGAUUUCGGUCUCUGAAGUGGUCUGAAGUAAAAGAUAGAGGAAGUCCCUUUUGAUCCAUUUAAAACCGAAGCUGCCUUUACCACAGUAAGUUCCAAUUCUCAUACCAAAUAACUCAGCUCUUUUUAUAAUUAAAACUAGAUGCUUUUUUUAGAAUGGAAUAUUGCAGUGUUUCUGACUGUUGCAUUAUACAAUUAAAAAUAUAUAUAUUUUUCUAAAUUCUUGAACGCCGCAGCUCAGAAAAUAGAAUUUUAUAGCUCUUAAUUUUUUUGUAUAUAAGUGACAUUUUUAAUUAUGUUAAGUAAAGCUUGGGGGGCCAUGCAUUGUCAGAUACUGUUUGUAUUUACUUGGAUCAACCAUUUUACAUUGUUUAUAUUGUCAGUGCUCUCCUGGGAUGUUUAAGUGGAGCAGUUUUGAAAUCAAUAUGUUGUAGUAACUGAUACAGCAUUCUGCCAAUUGCCAAUGCAGUAGUGCUGAUCCUCAAGAUGAAACUACAUUCACCCUUUUCACCAGCAUGUUGGUUAAGGAUAAUUUCUUUGGCAAAAAUAUAUUUAGAUCCACAUAUAUUCUGACGAAAGAUUGUAUUUUCAUUACACAUAGGGCUACAUUGCUUUCUGUUACUCUGCUAGACACUAACUGCCAACAACCUUCACUAUACUCAAUGUUAGAAAACACAGAGGAAGAAGUUUUAGAGUAACACCCAUUUCUGAAUUUCAUACAAGUAAAAUUAUAUAGGCAUGUUAGCGGCAGUCUCCAUUUCAGUUAAGUUGUGUUGGCUAUCCCACCAGCAUUUCACUUGAAUACCAAAAAUGGGUAAAACGUAUUAUUUUAUUUUAAUUUGCAGUAAAAUACAGUUUUGAUUUUGUAUACUGAAUAUCUAUGUAUUCUCUACUGUGAGAGCUUGGUUUUUAUUAAGCAUGUCAAAUAUAUUGCACUUGUAAUAAAAAUGACUUGUGUGCUUUUAACAAGAA